AUGGCUGUUUCUCAUUGGCUCCUCACUUCUGUGUGCUUUCUGCUACCCUUCCUAACACAGGUUUCAGCACAGCAACAAGGUUGUUCUGUCAAUAAUAGCAAACCAAGCAUUUAUGAAAAUAACCCUCCUGGCUACGUGGUGACCACUAUUCAUAUGGAACCAGGCUUCACUGUAAUGAUUGAUCCUAAUUCCCCCGAUGCCAGAUUUUUCACUCUACAGGGGUCCGAGCUGCAGCUGAACCGAAGUGUGGACUAUGAGAAAGACCCCUUGCUGAUGGUGUACCUGAUUUGUCGGAACACUGAUGGGCAGAGUGAUUCUUUGGAAAUUUUUGUGACCAUUCUCAACGUGAAUGAUAACAGCCCAGUAUUUAAGCGAACAAAUCUCACCAAAAUUGUUCCUGAGGAUACAAAGGUGAAUGCAACUAUUGUAGCCCGUGAAGAUUUAAGUGCUAGUGAUGCUGACCCAGACACCGUAUUUUAUGAACUCACAACAAUAGUGCCGGACACAGACGGUUAUUUUGCCAUAAAAGGAGUUAAUAAUCCAGAAAUUUAUUUACAAAAAGCAUUGGACUAUGACAAAUUUAACUUGACAACGUUGGUCUUGUAUGCAAGGGACAGGCCUGUGGGCAGCACCGCCAUCACCAACACAGCUACCGCAACAAUAAACAUAUUUAUUGAACAAGCUGACACCAAACCACCGUGGUUCCUACCCUGUACUUUCAUUAACACGGACAAUAGCGUUUGCAUCAGCAGCCCUUAUACUGGGAAGGUCAAUAUCUCUGAGGUGUCGACAGAACCACUCAUCCUGGAGCCGGGGCCUAUCUAUGCUGUUGAUCCUGACUGCACGAUAAAUGAAAAAAUUGUGUACAGUAUUGUUGGUGGGGAUACAGACAAAUUAUUCUCAGUGGAUGCAGACACUGGGAAUCUGACUAUGAACAAAGCAGCAACUUCUCCAGGCUCGUACCUAUUGCAAGUCAUGGCCACCCAGGUCAACAACAUACAGAAAUACUCUACAGUCAGUGUAGAGAUUAAGGUCAUCGCUAAAAGUAAUUAUCCACCAUACUUUGAAAGCAGGAUCUACAACGGGACAGUAUUUGUUGGUCUGGCCUCGCGAAGAUUUGUCUUCCAAGCUGGUGAUCCUUCAAGCCCCCUGAUGAUAACAGCAGUGGAUGAUGAUUACCCUAAUAAAGUCAACCCGAACAUUGAGUACUACAUAAAAAACAGCACCAAUUUCAUCACAACCAAAGAUGGACUCAUCCUGACAAAUGUGAUGCUGCCGUCACCGGAAACUGUAACCAUUGAGGCUGUUGGAAAAGAUAUGGUGAGCCUGGAGGAGGCGAGCACUGUAAUCGUGGUGGAGGUCAUCCUUGCCACAGCUGUAACCUCCUCUGAUAAGAUAUACACUGUUCAGGAUAUGGCUAUCUUAGGUGGUACAUUAGCAGCACUGCUAUUAAUUGCCUUAGUCUUCCUUGGAGUGGUGAUAUUUAAACAGCAUGGAAAACCAGUCAAACACCUGAUAAGGGAGAAGUUCUCCAAGGAAAUCUCUGAGAGUUACCAGAAUCAAUCUUACGAGCAUGAUGAACACUCAGACGUGGGCACCAAACAGCAUGAGACGUCAGAAAACAGCAGUGUCCAGUCGAUAACACAGGUGCUAGAGCAGCAAGCGCUUUCCUUGCCUUCUUCCAACACAGAAGAAAUUGAUAGCCUCCCAAAGGCUUCUAUAGCUUCCACUAUCAACUUUGACCAGGAAGAGAAAGAGGAAGUGGAUGAAGAAAUUAAGCUUGAGAAAGAAGUGAAGUCUAUCCUCAAGACAGACUGGCAUGCGGUGGAUGAUGGCUAUAAAGCUGUGUGGUUUAAGAUUGAUGUGGAUCCUGAUGCUGGAAAGAGGGUUGAAGUGAUUGAGGACAAAGCAGCAGAUAAUGAUGACGACAGUGACCAAGAUCUGCAGAAGAAUGAUGAUGAUGAGGAAGAAGAUUAUGACAAGGACUGUCACCACAGAGGGCUGGGAGUGUCCUUUGCUUCAGAGAGCUCAUCACUCCCAGCUGCAGAAGUGACAGUCAACAUAUCUCUCACAGAUGCGGUGACAGAAGACAACAGUCACCUUUAA